UUUUCCCAGCCCUCUCCUCCCGCCUCCACCUCUCUCUGUGGGACCCAAACUUGUUUCAGGAAAAGGAGCCUGAACAUUUUUUUCUCUCCCUCGCUGGAAGAAACAGGACAGCCGCCUCCGUGCCAAAGAGAAGGCGUAGACUUCCUCCACACAUUUCCUCCGCCAUCUCCGCUUUCGAGACUCUAAAGUUUUUGUGGAAUCUUUUUUGAAGGAGAAGAGGAGUUUUCUACCUUUGUGCCCCCAGACACCACCUGGUUGUUUUGUUUUUCUUUCCUUCAAAGCGGCAGAAAGGAGGAUUUCUCCAGCAGACAUGGACUGGGGAACAGAUCUUUGGGAUCAGUGUGACCACAUCGACAAGCACACACAGUCUGGUAUCGACCUGGUGGAGCGAUACAUAAAGUUUGUGAAGGAGCGGACAGAGAUAGAGCAGAGCUAUGCCAAACAACUCAGGAAUCUAUCAAAGAAAUAUGCCAAGAGAGGGAGCAAAGAUGAACAAGACUGCAAAUUCAGCAACCACGCAUCCUUCCAGGAGAUCCUGAACGAGCUUAACGAUUACGCUGGCCAGCGAGAGCUCAUCGCUGAAAACAUGAUGACCGCGAUCUGCGUGGAGCUCACCAAGUACCUUCAGGAUCUCAAACAGGAACGCAAAACACACCUCUCUGACGCCAAGAAAGCCCAGCAGAAUCUGGAGAGCAGCUUUAAACACCUAGAAAGUACUAAGAAGCGUUUUGCAAAGGAGUGGGCAGAAGCAGACAAAGCCACCCAACAAGCAGAGAAAAUAGAAAGCGACCUCAGUUGUACCAGACUGGAAGUUGAAAAGGCCAAGCAGCACGCCCACAGCCGCACUCACACAGCAGAGGAGUGCAGGAGCGACUACGCAGCCGAGCUCCAGAAGUACAACAAGGAGCAAAACUUCUUCUACUACACAGAGAUUCCACAGAUCUUCAAUAAAAUGCAGGACAUGGAUGAGCGGAGGAUUCGGCGGCUGGCGGAGGGUUACUGCCAGUUUUCAGACAUCGAGAAGAAGGUGCUGCCAAUCAUCUCCAAGUGUUUAGAAGGAAUCUCUGCAGCAGGGGCCAAAAUCAAUGAAAAACAGGACUCGAUACUGUUCAUAGAACAGCACAAGUCUGGUUUCGAGCGACCUGGAGAUUUGGAGUUUGAAGAUUACAGCCAAGGAAUCAAACCAGCGAGCUCCGACUCGAGUUUAAACCCACCCAAAGUGCGCACCAAGCUCUGGCCUUUCAGCAAGAAGCACAAGCCACCAGCUGCCGAGGAUUUCUCUCACCUUCCUCCAGAGCAGAGGAAGAAGAGGCUGCAGGCGAAGAUCGAUGAAAUCACCAAAGAGCUGCAGAAGGCACUGGAUCAGAGUGAAGCUCUUGAGAAGAUGAAGGGUGUGUAUGAGCAGAAUCCACAGAUGGGAGACCCCUCCAGUCUGGAGCCACAGAUCACAGAAACUGCCCAAAACAUCGGCCGCCUGAGGGGGGAGCUCGCCAAAUAUGAGACGUGGCUCUUAGAAGCAGUGGGAGGAGAAGAUCCUUCAAACACCAUCAACAAUAACUCUCAAAAUAGUGUGGUAGCAUCUGAAACCACUCAGAACAUCUACACAGAAUUCGAAGACGAGUUUGACGAGGUAGAAGGUCCUAUUGGCCAGUGCACAGCUCUCUACACCUUUGAGGGCAACAGCGAGGGCACAAUUUCCAUUACAGAGGGAGAGAUGCUGAGUGUAAUGGAGGAGGAUAAAGGAGAUGGAUGGAUGAGAGUCCUCAGAGCCAGUGGAGAAGAGGGCUAUAUACCUUCAUCCUAUGUCAAAGUUGCCCCAUAACACACACACGUAAUCAUACAUUUAGAGCUUGUGGUGGAAAGUUAACAGCCCGAGGUGAAUACAAAGUCAUCCAUGAUAAUUGGAGCUGUUCUCUACAUCUUUUAUCUCGGCCACUGACGUGUACGGGGAGAUGAAAGUGAGUGAUUACAGAGCUUGUUAUCAGGGCUGAUUGCAAUUAUCCCACAGUCCUCAUUUCUGCUGGCAGCAGCACAGUCCGUCUCCAAACAGUCAUCGUCAGGCCUCUCUGAUCUUUAUAGAUUUCAGCUUUUUUUGGACCAAACUUUUGAAUGUAUACCUGAACUUUUAGUCACAGUUUAGUGACGUCUCAUGUAUCAUAUUCAUGCUGUUUUUUUACAUCAGUAUAUCCAUGCACUUGACUUUCCUGUUGCCACUUUAACAACCUGCUGACAUUUUCUGUUUGUAACACCAACCUUCUGCAUAAACCUCUUUUCUGACAGGAUAAUGUGAUUUUUUUUUUUUUAGACUGGAUUAAAAACCACUACUAUACAGGGAUAGAAAAUAAAUGAUCCCUCCAUAGACUAUCAUGGUAAAUGAUAGGUUCACAUUUUUGCGUGCCCUAUAAGCGCAGUAGUCUUUAGUAACCAUAUGGUUUCUCACUACAACUGUAGAAAAUAUUGGAUGAAUCCUUAGCGAUAUCUUCCUGAACAGGGCUUUUGAAGCCAAUCGAUGGCUGAAAUUCUGUCUCGAACUAACUUUGGAUCAGCCAAGAAACGGACAAGGAGGUGAAGCUGAAGGGCCUCAUGAUGCUUGGUGCAUGGUGGCCACGUUAUGAUUGUGUCAUGGCUUGAUAGGCAGAAAAAUGAUGAAUAGAGAGCCAUGUUUGCCUUGUAUUAACAGAUAUGUACACCCACACUGGUAGAAUAUUUUUGCAAUCUGUUUCUGGGUGUUUUCCACAGCCUCACAAUACAAUACAUACCAUGAUACGUGUUGAAAUGUGAUAAUAAACAUGUCGUAAUAGGCAUGUCCGACACCAAUAGCCACUACAGCAGCCUGUCUUUAUUGUAAAUGGUAAUAGAAGAGGUAUAGUUUUAAGGUUCUUACACUUUUAAACACUCAGAUCCUCAGAGAUCUAAGGAAAUCAAAAGAAUCUAUUUCUUAUCAUCUAUCUAUCCAUAAAUGCAAAUGCAAUGCCUGAAGCAGCUGCCCCAGUUGAAGCCUUGGUCAUCAGUGCUGCUGUACAGCUCAAGUCUUUACAAAUCAAGCAUAAAGUGCUGCUUACGAUUUCCUGAUCCAGUUAAGAAGUUGAGGGAAAUUUCAACUUAAAAGCGCCAUUCAGUGCAAGUUGGGUGACACAGAUUAGCCCAGUGGCCUAGCUGCUGGUGCUAGCAUAAACCAUUUUCAUGCUCAUCCUGGCAUGUGAGACUUGUUUUAAGAAUUCUUGAAAAUGUGAACCUAACAUCUUUACCCCAUACACAACGUACCAGCUAAAGCAAAAUUUGCACAGAAAUUUUGGAAUGAGUUUGCGAAUUUAAGAUGCAAUUUUUGAAAAAGGGAAAGCACAAUAGCAAUGAUGAUCAAAGUUCUGUGUAAAGUAAAUCUACACUGGUUUGCCUUUGUAAUCCUGUGCAAACACAAACAUUUAAAAAGCAAUAAAAGAACUGACACAGGAUUAAAAAGAGACAAAAAUCUGAGUUUUGAGAUUCAGAGCCUCAUAAGAUCUCUAAUGACAUCUUAAAAACAUUUCCAUGCACUUUUAACAUCUGAAGAGUGUGAAGAUCCACUUAAGAAAUAUUUUAAGACAUGAAAAUACUCUCUUUGAAUAUUUUUGUGUCUCAUGCACACAAAAGUCAGAAUUUCCCCGACAACUCUCAUUUCUUCCUCCCUUUCUGAAUAACCCAAAGCCUCUGAAUAUUGUAAUGUUGUUCAUUUAAAUGUCAAAAUGCUGCUUUUGUUGACUUUGUACCAGAGGGUUCAAGUUUCUACUUCAUACUUGUAUGCAAAGAUCAUGUUUUUAAAUGCUUUAACUUGGAUUUAAAGUUAGCACAGAAAAACUCUCCUCUUCCAGCAGAUACUCUUUAAAGCAGUGGUUCUCAACUGGCAGGGCGGGAUCAGAAAGUGGGACAUGGGGCAGUUCUUAGUUUGUUAUGAUGGUGGCAAAAGUCUGAUGUAUGAAAGCCUUUAGCAUCCAUUUAUUUUAUGAUUGUCUGUUAAUCCAUAAAAGCAGCUACCUUUAAGCUGUUUACUUAAAAUCUUGAAUUAUUUCUUUAAUCUUUUUGGGGUAACAAAGCUCAAAUAAAAACCAACCAAAUAUAAACUCAGAAAUAUGGUAAUAUUUAGAGAGUAUUUACCUAAUAAUAAUGUGUUAUUUAUCCAGUAAUUCCUUGUAACGUUGUAGCGAUUCUUUGGUAAUUAGGUGGUAAUUCCCCUAUAAUUCCAAUGCAAUUUUUUGGAAGUUUCUUAAUGCCUCUCUUCAAAAUUUUAGGAUGAUUUUUAAGGUCAUUUCUGAAUACAUUCCCUCAUAAUUCACAAGUAAUUUGCUGGGAAUUUCUGCAAAGCAGCCCACUCGGUUAAGUGGGCAAGCAGUAAAAAAGGGUAUAUAGACAUGCAUACAGCAGGAGGUGCAAAUAAUCGAUUCUUGAGACUCCAGUAACACUAUGGGGUUUUUUAGGUGUUAAUUUUUGUCAGAAACACUAGAAAACCUUUAAAAGCUAUAUAUGCCCUUUACCUGGAAAUUAUGAAGGAAGGUAUUUAAAAAUUACAUUUAAAUUACUUAUUGAGCUCACUUUAAUUUAGUGGGAUGAUAUGCAGAAAUAACCUACAAAUUAUUUACAAAUAAUGAAGGAAUGUACGGUGGCCUGGAAGUGCAGUUCAAAAUUAAAAAGUCUGAAACAUUUUUGCAAAACUUGAAACAAAUUUACACAAGAGUGUUUAACAUUUCACAAAAUAAAUUAACAAUCAAAGAUCAAUUUACAAAGAAAACAAAUUUGCAUUUAACAAAAACAUAACAAAUGAUGAAAAUCUCUUAAAAGCUGAAACAAAUUAACAAGUUCCUAAAUACUUUAACAGAAGCACCUUCUUAAUUUGUCUCAGCUCAUGUAAAAGUGUUUAAUCAUUUGAAAGUGUUUUGUUAAACGGUGAUUUGUUUUAUUUGUUUAGGUAUUUUGCUAAUGUAAAAUUGUUUUAUGAAAUGUAAAAAUGUUUUGGUUGAUGUCAGUUUGUUUGAAGCUUUAUAAAAGUGUUUCAGGCUUUGUAUUUUUGUAUUGUACUGCCAGGCCACCGUAGGAAUGUAUUCAGAAAAUACCCAAAUUAGCCUAAAUGUCUGAAGGGAUACA